AUGGCGGACGAGGUGGUUCGUGGCCUUUCUGUUACAGAGGGCGGCGUCUACCUCGACGGCACCCUGGGAGAAGGCGGGCACUCUGCGGCUAUCCUCCAGUCGGGAUCGAGCCAAUCAGGACCUAGCGCCGACCACAGGAUAACAGGCGCCGAAUCGGCCCGUGCGUUGCCGGGUGUCGCGAGCUUAGUGAUAGGGAUAGAUCUCGAUGGGCGGUCGGUGGCAGAGGCGACCCAUCGCCUGUCCGGAUUCGGAGACCGCUUCCUCCCUUUGCAGGGCAAUUAUGCAGACAUGGUGUCCCUCGCCGCCCGGCAGGGUGUCUCCGAGGUGGAUGGUGUGUUGCUGGACCUGGGAUUCUCCUCCCGGCAGGUUGACCGCCCUGGCUACGGGCUGAGUUUCCAGGUAGACGAGCCGCUGGAUAUGCGCUACGACCCUGACCAGUCGGUCAGCGCUGCGGACUUCGUCAACACCGCGGGCGAGCGGGAACUUGUAGAAACGUUCAGGCGGUUCGGGGAGGAGCCACGAGCGAGAGCGGUGGCCAACGCCAUAGUCAGGAGUCGGGCGGAGCGGCCCUUCAGGUCCACCCGUGAACUGGCUGAACUGGCUGAGCGGGUCAUAGGGCACGCGAGGCAGCCACCGCCUGCACCCUGCCACCAGGAUAUUUCAGGCGCUCCGAAUCGCAGUCAACGCGGAGCUGGAAAACCUGCAGGCGGGACUGGAGGCUGCGGUAAGUCUGUUACGGCCCGAGGGCGUCCUGGCGGUGAUCAGCUACCACAGCCUGGAGGACCGUAUCGUCAAGAGUUUUAUGGUGCAUCGUUCGGCCAACUGCGUCUGUCCUCCCGGUCUCCCGGAGUGCGUCUGCGGGCAAGACCCGGCCCUGGCAAUAGUGAACCGCCGGAUUAUCCGGCCCUCCGGUGA